CGGCGUUGCAGCCUACCAUCGGUGUAAGUCUUCAACGUUAUCAACACGGAGUUAACAUAUAAGACGCGGAUUGGCACGAGCCUGCGAAUCAUUUGACAGGGCCAAAGUAAGCGUGCAUGUGGAGAUCAUCUUCCCCGUGCUUCUAUGUUAGAGGAGCGAGUUCAUAACCCGCCUUAUAAGGGCGCGACUUCCAAGAUCCGCCUCUUGCCUUCUUCCCACCCGCAUCACCCCUUUUGCCAGCGGCGCUCUCAGACUUUUUCUAGUCGCCCACCUCCCAUUCUCUUUAUUUCUCUGGUGUGUUUUGGUCUGGUUGCACUUCUCCUUCAAGCCCGUGGUCUGCAGGCAUUUCUGACCCUGAAGGUCUGUCGUUUUGAUCCCUUCCUCUUCUUCUCGUCUCGUCAUAUUACCCGCUGCCUGCUCGCACCCGGUCUGGCAGAGCCAGACCUUCCUACACACCUAACGAAAAACGAAUUAGAUCUGUCCUCCCAUCAUUCUCCACUUGCACCCUACCAAACUUGCAAAAACUGGAGCCCCUCCAUGAUGACGCUUUCCACUUCCCUAGAUGUUCCAAGAAGCAAGACCGCCCUCAUUGAACAUGCCCACCGUGACAUUGACAAAGAGAUCAUUGCAUUAGUCGAGUCCAUUCGCGUCCUUCGCUCUCACAAAAAUGCCCUCACCUAUACAUGUUUGCUUCCACCCGAGAUUCUCGCGGCUAUCUUCAUAUAUAUCGCAGAAGAGCAAAGUUAUUCGGGCACACCCUCCCGUUGUGGUGCUCCUCUUUUUCUGGCGGCCACACACGUCUGCCAACAUUGGCGCAAAGUCGCCCUCGAGUGUGCGACUCUUUGGACAUCAAUCAAUUGUGCCUCCGUUCAUUGGGUAGCCAUCAUGCUCGAGAGGUCAAAGAAAGCUGCAUUGGUCGUCACAUACAGUGCACCGGCCUCACUAGAACAAUGUUUCGAGCAAGUUCUUUCACAGUUAUCUCGAAUUAAAGUCCUCCAGCUGUGCUCAUUCUCAUCCGAUGCCAAUCGCAUUAUGGACUACUUAUCAUCCCAGCCCGCACCAUUGCUUCAAAUUUUCAAAUUUUCGGUUCAGGGGUUCCUUCACCCAAGGAUCGACGCCAUUUUUCAAGGAUGUGCGCCCCAACUUCGGAGCGUUGAGCUUAUGCAAUGCAACUUCAGCUGGACAUUGGGUAUUUUCAGCGGGCUUCGAACUCUAAACGUGAGACAAAUAGCACCUUCCUCUUCUCCUACGUUGUCACAGCUCCUGUCUGCUCUGAGACAUAUGUCUGGCUUGGAGCAGCUUAUGCUUGACCUGCUGCCCGCGUCUUCCGAGAACGACGAGGUCUGCGACAAAGUCUCACUCGCUCGCUUGAAAAGCAUGACACUGACUGGGUUCACCGCCAAAAUUGCUAUAUCUCUCUUCUCACAUCUACUCCUUCCUGUUGAUCUCAAUAUCGCUCUAACCCUCGCACAAAAUACAAGCAUGUUGACGAAGUCGUUCGGGUCCAUGCGCGUCGAACUUUGGUCUAAUAUACUCGGGGUUCAAUUCAGCACCUCAACGACGUUCGCAUCCAAGCACAUUUGGAACCCUCCUGACGGUGAUAUACGACUCUCGAUUCAAUUCAAAUGCGACGAUAGAGACUUUGACACCGCGUUCGACAUGUGUUAUAUGUUCCAGCAUUGCAAAAUUCAGAGCUUCUUCUUCGCAUCAUUCUCCCACGAUCCUCAAAAAACUCACUGGCGCACAGCAUCUGCAGAUCUUCCAGCACUCGAACGUAUCCAUGUGAGCGAGACCCCAGUUAGGGGCUUAAUCGCUGCACUCAAGACUAGAGACUUGGAGAGCUCAAAUAUUGCGUACCCUUUGCUCUGUGCUCUAGAGCUAGAGGAUAUCGACUUCAGUUGUGAUGAACCUGGGUACCUUCAGUGCAUCCUCAUGAUGCGAGCCAAAUGUGAUGUUGGUCUACACAAACUUCGGCUAGCGAAGUGCAGGAAUUUGGCUUACGAUCAGGUGCAGCUCCUUCAGGAAGUGGUUACAGACGUUGAUUGGGAUGGAUAUCGAACCGCCAUGGGGUACUGCAGUAGACAUCGACUCGCUAUGGGGUACUGCAAAUAUUGA